GUGUUUUAUCCUUUACGUCAUUUUUAGCACAAAAUAAACAUGGAUAAGAAAUUAGUCAGCUCGACUACUUUGGAUGUUCACGGUAACUUAAAUUUAUCUUCGAUAAAUUUUCCAAAAUUUUCCAGCGUAACAGCUUCUGAGGAGCUCAAUGAUUACUUGAGAGAUCAACUUCACCAAAUGAAACUUGAAAAUGAAGCCCUGCAGGAAAAAGUAUCGAUAAAGACUCUUCAAAAUGAACAAGAUGAAUUAAAAAUCCAAGAACUAAGUGAAAAAAUUACAAGUUAUGAAAGCUGCUGCGGUAGUAACGAGUUCAUGUCUUCUACGCAACUAGCCAAUAGUAAAAUAAUUGAAUUGAGUAAAAAAUUGAGAGAGAAAAACUCAGAAAUUGAAACUUAUAAGUCCAAGUGCUUAAAACACGAAAAUAUGCUAUCAGAACUAAAAGCCAAAAGCGAGCAAAGUCAGCCACCAGAAAAGCAAGAAAAUUCUCCACCGGAUGUGGAUGAAAUAAAGAAACUACAAGAUAAACUUACACAUGUUACUUCUAAAUGGACCGAAGAAAAAAAUUUAAAUUUGCAACUGAAAAAAGAUCUCAAAAUGGCUAACAAAUGGUUGAUUCAAGAAAUUGGAGAAAAAUUCGAAAAUCUAGUAAACUUAAAUAACGGCGGCUCGAAUUGGAGGGGAAGGGCUCAAAUAAUAUGCGAUUUGCAACAAAAAAAUCAAGAGUUGCGAGAAAAACUUAAAUAUUGUCAAGACAGUGAUAAAGAUAAAAAUUUCUCAAAUUCGGAUGUAAAUCUGGUAAAAUGUGAUAAUAAAAAAUUAGAGACACUAAACAAAGAAAACACAGAACUAAAAAAUAAUUAUUUAGACACGAAACGCAAGUUUGAUGUUCUCAAAGCCAGAUGCAAAGUGUUAGAAAACGAAUAUACUUUUUUUAAAACAAAAUUAAGCAAUUUAAGUGAAACACAUGAUGAAGACCAACACACUAUAGCCAAAUUAACGUCCCAAGUGUCACAUUUCAAUGAAUUAAAAAAUGAAGACCUGAAACAGAAAGACCAAAUUAUUAAAAAUCUGCAUGAAGAAAAUGAAGCGCUUAGAAUUGAACUUGCCAGAGAAAAAUGUGUAUCUGAAAACAAAUCUAAACAACUACUGGAGAAAAAUGACGAUAUUAAAUUACUCAAUAAAAGAAUUAGAAGUUCGCGUCCGUCUAGUUCGUAUGUUCACCGACCGGAAAAUCCUGAAACGAGAACAAUCAAUAAACUGAAGGUUGAACGUUUGCGUCUCCUGGAAUUAACCGAAUUACAAAGUAGUCGUCUGGAACAAGAACGAAAUACGCAUUUCAAAACCCAGCAACAGCUACGACAAGAAAAACAAAAGCGUGCCAAGCUAGAAGCAAAUUUAGCAAGAUUGCAGCUGGAACAAAGUAGCGCCCGUUCAGGAUACGCCAGUCGAAUGAACACCCCAAAACAACCUGAGUAUGAUUUACAAGACAAAUUAGAACUUGCUGAAGAGAAUAUAAAAGCGUUGUCCACAAGACUUGAAAUUGAAUCAAUGGAAAGAAAACAUGAUCUUGAAAAAUUUUGCAACACUUUAAAAAAUUGUACGUGUAACUGAGUUAUAGUAAAAGUAA